GUCGGGCUCUGAUUGGUGAGCUCUGGCUGGGAGCGGAAGCCGGCGUUUCGCCGCCCAGAGCAUUUGCGGCUGAUCACUCCAGCUUCCAGGGACUUUGAUUCGCCUUAGCCCACGCGCUUCUGCUGAGGGCUGUCCGGAGAUGUCGCUCGGCCGCCUUUUGCCAGGAGCUUAACCCGCCCCGCCCGCCGUCCGGAUGGGACCACCGAAGUGCUCCAAAGUCUCCAGUGAAUACUGAAUUGCUGAGGAAUUUGGGAAAAGACAAACCAAACUUCUCAUUCCAUGGAUCCUUUGGGUGCACCUUCCCAGUUUGUAGAUGUGGAUACACUAACGAACUGGGGUGACUCAUGUGAAGAUGAAUUAAAUUCUUCUGAUACUACAGCUGAAAUAUUUCAGGAAGACACUAUUAGAUCACCUUUUCUUUAUAAUAAGGAUGUCAAUGGAAAAGUGGUUCUUUGUGUUUCUAUAUGUCAGGAAUGCUUGACAUAUGGUUGCCGAACAGGUGAAGCAAAAUUGACAAAAGGAUUUAAUCUAGCUGCCCGGUUCAUCAUUCACACAGUGGGACCUAAAUACAAGAGCCGCUAUCGCACAGCAGCUGAGAGUUCCCUGUACAGCUGCUACAGAAAUGUGCUUCAGCUAGCAAAGUACGGUCUGCUCAUUUAUAGACAAUGUCCUGCUUUUCUGACACAGGCUACUUACCAAAAGCUGCUACCUCUAUACUUCCCAAGGUCAUUAAAGGAGGAGAGUAGGUCAUUGCCAUACCUACCUGCAGAUAUUGGAAAUGCAGAAGGGGAGCCUGUGGUACCUGAACGGCAGAUUAGAAUAAGUGAAAAACCUGGUGCUCCAGAGGACAACCAAGAAGAAGAGGAUGACGGCUUGGGAGUUGAUCUCUCUUUCAUUGGCUCUCAUGCUUUUGCUCGAAUGGAGGGAGAUAUCGAUAAGCAAAGAAAACUGAUCCUUCAGGGACAGUUGUCAGAGGCAGCCCUGCAGAAGCAGCAUCAAAGAAAUUAUAAUCGCUGGUUAUGUCAAGCAAGAUCCGAGGAUCUGUCUGAUAUUGCUUCUCUAAAAGCCUUAUACCAAACAGGUGAGCUUAAGGGUAUGGCUAUCUUAUAUUUUAUCCACGUGAUGGAUCACAUUGCUGUGAAGGAAUAUGUCUUAGUAUAUUUUCACACACUGACCAGUGAAUACAAUCACCUGGACUCUGACUUCCUGAAGAAACUCUACGAUGUUGUUGAUGUCAAGUUAGUGUCAACAUGGUUUUUCACCACCUUUUCUGUCUCAGGACUGAAGGACAAAAUCCACCAUGUGGACAGCCUCCACCAGCUAUUUUCUGCCAUAUCACCAGAACAGAUCGACUUUCCUCCCUUUGUCCUUGAAUAUGAUGCCAGGGAAAACGGGCCUUACUAUACACCAUAUCCCCCAUCACCAGAUUUGUGACCUGCCAUCUUUCAGUGCUUCUUGAUUCCAAGGAUGCCACUUCCUCCACAAAUUGCUACCUGUUGAAGUGAUAUUCAUUUUUGUUGUACAGAUCCAGAGAGUCUUUUGUCCCUACCUCUCUGGUAUUUUUUUAUUGACUGUGUAUUUUCUGGCACACAAGCAAUCUAAAAAUGGUAGGCCAUUCUGAACUGCACACAUUUUAAAUUUGUAUAUUUGUAUCAAAUGGAAAUGUUCAUUUUUAGAUUGUUAAUAGAAAUUGGGGAGCAACUUUUGAGUAUCUUCAGUUUGCUGAAGGACACUGAAUUCUCCAUUAGACAAGCAACUGGUAUUGUUCACGUCAUCUCUUUAACUCUGCACGCUUCCUUUGUGUACUUAAGUGUUUUUCGAAAUAUAUAGAACCAAUGUAUGCUGACCGGAUGCAUUGUUUGCUUCAGAUCCUGGUGUUAAUGCCAUUUACAUUUUA